AGCAGCUGCUAUGUGUCGGCCGCCAUAUUGGUCUGGGAUUUUGCUGCACCGCAGACUGUGGAGAAGCUGGCUCCAAUGGGGAGUUCGCCAGGAGGCUGGAGUUGCUAGUUGGAGCUACAUGGUUUUGGAAAACGCCGCAAAACCUGCCUUACACCGUAUGCCAUGGCUUGGAUAUAAUGUUUUUACGACGAAUGGAGCUAGUUUUCUGCAUUAUCGUCUUUGGGUACCAAUGGAACUUGGCUGACAUAAUGAAUUGAGAUGAAAUCGAAGUUCCUUGCUGGACAACCAGGAGAGCUAUUCACACUGAUGGACCUAACCCAGGCAGGCGACGUAUUAAUUUAGCAACUAAGUUAGUCCGGAGUUUUAGUUCAUGGUCUCACGUUUACACUAGGCCUAUUUCUUAUGUGUAUAUAAUACGUUUUACGUUAUGUUAUAUACGAUUUAUUCAUGAGGUAAUGUAACGUUAUUUGAUAGCUGUGUGUUAACCACAGCCAUUGUCGCUAACGUUAGGUAGCAUUGGAAAGCUAAAGCUAGAAAAGCUAUUAUUGAGACUGGCAGUAACAUUAACGGAGCUAGCAGAGGCACUACAGAUUGGUUUAAGCAUGACCGAUUUAUUUUAGUAUUGCAGAGCCUGGUGGGUCAAGAAGACUAAUUAAGUUUUUGUCACGAAAUUAAUUUCAGGACUAAAUGGGGAUAUAAUAACUUGCUACUGUUCUGUUAACUUGUCCCUAUACUUAGCUGGCAAGCUAGCUAGCCAGCCAACUACCAGUCCAGUCGUCAAACCAACCAACCGGUCAAUGUAGUCUGAUAAUUAACGUUAACGUAGCUAGCGUUAGACAGCUUAGCAGUCUUGGCACAUAAGCCGGUGGAUAAAAGGACCUAAGAGGCAUAACCACAAUGCAGAAGACAGCAAAUCAGUAGAAUUACGCGUUAUUGCCUUCAUCACUGGAAUCAUUACGACCUGCCAUAAACAUUUCAAAUAUGUAACUGGCUAUCAAGAGAAAAAUUGCAACGUAAGCCCACCCAGUUCCCAAUGUGUUAGCUUGGUGCUAACUAUCAUAGGGGGAUGAGUGGUUUGCUGUAACGUUAGCCAACAUAAUCAGCGUGGCUUAGCGAAUAGCUAACUUAAAGCUACCUCAAUCACAGAGUAAUAUCACCCUGGAUAUUUGGACACGGUUUGUCUGAGGAAACGUCCUUGGUUUCAGCGCAAACAUGUCGGGGGAAGUUCGUUUGAAAAAGCUGGAGAAGCUGGUGUUGGACGGCCCUGUUCAGUCCAACGGACAGUGCUUCAGCGUGGAAACGCUUUUGGAUAUUCUUAUUUGCCUGUACGACGAAUGCAUCAACUCCCCGCUCCGAAGAGAGAAGAAUAUAGCGGAAUUUCUUGACUGGGCCAAGCCGUUCACCUCCCAUGUGAAGCAGAUGCGACUACAUAAGGAGGACUUUGAGAUCUUGAAGGUGAUUGGCCGAGGAGCCUUCGGAGAGGUGGCCGUGGUGAAGGUGAGGAACGUAGAUAAGGUGUUCGCCAUGAAGAUCCUCAACAAGUGGGAGAUGCUGAAGCGAGCUGAGACGGCGUGUUUUCGCGAGGAGAGGGACGUCCUGGUGAACGGGGACAACCAGUGGAUCACCACGCUGCACUACGCCUUCCAGGAUGACAACUUCCUGUACCUGGUGAUGGAUUACUAUGUGGGCGGCGACCUCCUGACCCUGCUCAGUAAGUUUGAGGAUCGCCUGCCAGAGGACAUGGCUCGCUUCUACGUGGCCGAGAUGGUGUUGGCCAUACACUCUGUGCACCAGCUGCACUACGUCCACAGGGACAUCAAGCCAGACAACAUUCUGCUGGACGUGAACGGACACAUCCGCCUGGCUGACUUUGGCUCCUGCCUCAAACUCAUGGAGGACGGCACGGUCCAGUCCUCGGUGGCGGUGGGCACUCCGGACUACAUCUCCCCAGAGAUCCUGCAGGCCAUGGAGGAGGGCAAGGGGAAGUACGGCCCCGAGUGCGACUGGUGGUCCCUGGGCGUCUGCAUGUACGAGAUGCUCUACGGAGAGACGCCCUUCUACGCCGAGUCACUCGUGGAAACCUACGGCAAGAUCAUGAACCACAAGGAGCGGUUCCAGUUCCCGGUCCAGCUGACGGAGGUGUCGGAGGAGGCCAAGGACCUGGUCCGGCGCCUGAUCUGCAGCCGGGAGCACCGACUGGGUCAGAACGGCCUCCAGGACUUCAAGCAGCAUCCUUUCUUCACCGGCAUCGACUGGGACAACAUCCGCAACUGCGAGGCCCCCUACAUCCCCGAGGUCAGCAGCCCCUCGGACACGUCCAACUUCGACGUGGAGGAUGAUUGCCUCAAGAACGCGGAGACCAUGCCCCCUCCCUCUCACACAGCCUUCUCUGGACACCACCUUCCAUUCGUGGGAUUCACCUACACCAGCAACUGCUCCCUGUCGGACCGCGGCUGCCUGCGGGAGUGGGGCGGUCCGGGCGCGAUGGACGUGGGGGUGCAGCGCAGCCUGGAGGACAGCCUGGCGGCGGAGGCGUACGAGAGACGGCUGCGCAGGCUGGAGCAGGAGAAGCUGGAGCUCAGCCGCAAACUACAAGAGGCCACUAAGACGGUGCAGACCCUGCAGUACUCCAGUGGGGACGGAUCCGGACCCGGACCCGUCAGCACCGGACCCGUCGGCACCAACAAAGAGUUUGAGGUCCGCGGCCUCAAGGAGGAGAUUGAGAGCCUCAGGAAGCAGAUCGCAGACUCGGGGCAGCUGGAGCAGCAGCUGGGGCAGGCCACCUCCGCUCGACGGGACCUGGAGGAGUCGUCCCAGCGCAUCCGCUCGCUCGAGAAGCAGAUGAAGAGCAUCAGGCAGGAGAGGGACGACUCGCAGAAGGAGCUGAGUGAGCAGAGUGAGCGUGUGAAGUCUCAGGGUAAGGACCUGAAGGAGGCACACAGCCAGAGGAAGCUGGCCAUGCAGGAGUUCUCGGAGAUGAGCGAGAAGCUGACGGACCUGCGCUCCACCAAGCAGCGCCUCGCCCGCCAGCUCCGCGACAAGGAGGAGGAGAUGGAGGCCCUGGGCCACAAGAUGGAGGCCGUCCGGCAGGACGUGCGCAAGACCGAGAGGGCAAGGAAGGAGCUGGAAGCACAGGCUGAGGAGCAGGCAGCGGAGGCCCAGAAGGAGAAGAAGCUGAGGGAACGCAGCGAGCAGUACAGCAGACAGCUGGAGGAGGAGCUGGAGAUGGUGAAGCAGAAGCAGGUAGGGCGCGUCCCCAGUUUGUCAGCGGCCCCUGAGCAGCAACAGGAGCUGGGGCGUCUCCGUGGCGACCUGGAGAAUCAGACGGUGCUGCACGAGGAAGAGUUAGCGCGUCGCGAGGCGCAGUACGCCAACGAGCUGAAGAACCUGAAGAAGGAGCUGCGCGAUGGAGACGGCCAGCAGGUGGCGCUCAACAAGGAGAUCCUGGUGCUGAAGGACAAGCUGGAGAAGACCCGCAGAGAAAGCCAAAGCGAGCGUGAGGAGUUUGAGACGGAGUACAGGCAGAAAUAUGAGAGGGAAAGAGUCCUGCUCACAGAGGAGAACAAGAAACUCUCCAGCGAACUCGACAAGGUAACCUCCCAGUAUGAGAAGCUGAGCUCCAGUAAUAAGCAGCUGGAGGAGGACCUGAGAGAGCUGUCUGAUAAGAAGGAGAGCGUAGCCCACUGGGAGGCCCAGAUCACAGAGAUCAUCCAGUGGGUGAGUGAUGAGAAGGAUGCUCGUGGCUACCUGCAGGCUCUCGCCACCAAGAUGACGGAGGAGCUGGAGGGACUGAGGAGCAGCAGCCUGGGAGCCAAGGGGACGGACAUGCCGUGGAAGAUGCGUCGCCUGGCCAAGCUGGACAUGUCUGCCCGUCUGGAGCUGCAGUCUGCCCUGGACGCUGAGAUCAGAGCCAAGCAGGCCAUCCAGGACGACCUCAACAAGGUCAAGGCCGACAACAUGGCCACUGAAUGCAAACUGCAGGAGUCGGAGAGUAAGAACCAGGAGAUGCAGUCUGAGAUCGACAGACUCAAACACGAGACUGAGGAGCUGCGCAUUGGAAAGGGAGUGAAACACCAGGACUCCCAUAAUUCCUUCCUUGCCUUCCUGAAUGCACCUACCUCUGGUCUGGAUCACUUCGAUCGUUCCCACGCCUGUGGUCCACCUAGCAAAGGCAGAAGAAUCGACUCCAUUGAUAACUUCAGCCUGUCCAACACGCCCUCGCGUGAGGAUGAUGCCAAAUCUGGCCAGCUGAUGGCGCACUCGCGCUCCCCCUCCACCACCAGUGACAUGGAGCCUCUGGAGGGGACUGACCAUCCUCGCACGACCACCCCAACCAUGCGGUCUACAUAUAGUGGGUCCAGCCUGGGAACACCAAAGCCCCGUGCUCAUCAGUUUGUGGUGAAGUCCUUCACCACCCCCACCAAGUGUGGCCAGUGCACCUCCCUGAUGGUGGGCCUCAUCCGACAGGGCUGCACCUGUGAAGUCUGUAACUUCUCGUGUCAUGUGACCUGUGCGGACAAGGCGCCCGCCGUGUGCCCCAUCCCCCCCGACCAGACCAAAGGGCCACUGGGCAUCGACCCCCAGAAGGGCAUCGGCACCGCCUACGAGGGCCACGUGCGGGUUCCUAAGCCGGCGGGCGUGAAGAAGGGUUGGCAGCGGGCGCUGGCGGUGGUGUGUGACUUCAAGCUGUUCCUGUAUGACGUGGCUGAAGGCAAGGCGGCCCAGCCCAGUGUCAUGGUCAGCCAGGUCAUCGACAUGAGAGAUGAGGAGUUCUCCGUGAGCUCGGUGCUGGCGUCUGACGUCAUCCACGCCAACAGGAAGGACAUCCCCUGCAUCUUCAGGGUGACGGCGUCCCAGCUGGUGUCGGCGGGCGGUAAGAAGUGCUCGGUGCUCAUCCUGGCCGACAGCGACCAGGAGCGCAACAAGUGGGUGGGGCUUCUGAGCGAGCUGCAGCGGCUCCUGCGGAAGAACAAGCUGAAGGAGCGCUCCGUCUACGCGCCCAAAGAGGCCUACGACAGCGCGCUGCCCCUCAUCAAGGGCACGCAGACCGCCGCCAUCAUAGAUCAUGAACGCAUUGCCUUGGGGAAUGAAGAGGGCUUGUAUGUUCUUCACGUCACCAAAGAUGAGAUCAUCCGUGUGGGCGACAACAAGAAGGUCCACUUGAUCGAGCUGGUUCCGUCCGAACAGCUGCUGGCCGUGGUGUCGGGACGGAACCGGCACGUGCGUCUGAUCUCGGCCACGGCGCUGGACGGGCGCGAGAGCGAGGCCUACAAGCUGGCGGAGACGAAGGGCUGCCAGGCACUGUGCUGGGGGCUGGUGAGGCACGGCUGCCCGCUGAGCUGCCUGUGCGUGGCCGUCAAGCGCCAGGUCAUCCUCUACGAGCUCACCAAGACGCGCACGCGCCAGCGGAGGCUCAAGGAGCUGCAGGCGCCCGCGCCCGUCCAGUGGAUGGCCAUGAUCAACGAGAGGCUCUACGUCGGGUACCAGGCGGGCUUCAUGCGGUACAGCCUACAGGGCGACGCCGCCCCCGUGCCCCUGCUGCACCCUGACGACCACACGCUGGCGUUCAUCGGGCAUCUGGGCCUGGACGCCCUGUGUGCCGUGGAGGUCUCCGUCAAGGAGCUGCUGCUCUGCUUCAGCAGCGUGGGCGUCUACGUGGACAGCCAGGGUAGACGCUCGCGCCAGCAGGAACUCAUGUGGCCCGCGGUGCCCACCGCCUGCUGCUACAACGCCCCCCACCUGUCAGUGUACAGUGAGAACGCCGUGGACGUGUUUGACGUCAACACCAUGGACUGGAUUCAGACCAUCCCUCUGAAGAAGGUGCACCCGCUGAACACAGAUGGCUCAUUGAACCUGCUUGGGUUGGAGACGGUUCGCCUCAUUUACUUUAAGAACAAGACAGCAGAAGGGGAUGAGCUGGUGGUCCCGGAGACGUCUGAUAACAGCCGCAAGCAGAUGGUGCGCAGCAUGAACAACAAGAGACGCUUCUCCUUCAGAGUACCGGAGGAGGAGAGGAUACAGCAGCGGAGGGAGAUGCUGAGGGAUCCUGAGAUGAGGAGUAAAUUGAUCUCCAAUCCCACCAACUUCAACCACGUGGUGCACAUGGGACCAGGAGACGGCAUCCAGAUCCUCAAAGACCUGCCUAUGAACAUUCGACCCCAGGAGAGCCGCGGUGUUCUGGGCGGGUCCGUCAGCAUCCCCACCAUCGCCAAGAACCGACCAGAACCGGGACGCUCCAUGAGCGCCAGCAGCGGCCUCGGAACACGUUCUUCUCAGAACGGCAGUGCUCUCCGGCGUGAGUUCUCUGGUGGGAGCUACGGUUCCGGUAAACGACAGCUGACCUCCCCCUCCGAAGGCUCGCUGUCCUCAGGGGGGGGCCUGGACUGCGGGGGGGACGCCCCCAUCUCCCAGUUUGACCGCGACUGGCCGUCCAAAGAGAAGACCCCCGAUCUGAAACGGGCGUUAAGGACCCUGCUUAGUAAGAUGAAGGACUCGGACUCCCCCCGCCACUCCACGGCCUCCAACAGCUCCAACCUGAGCAGUCCCCCCAGCCCCGCCUCCCCACACAAGCCCAAGACACUCUCCCUGGAGAGCUCCGAGCGCAUGGGCUGGGAGACAUGACCCCCCCACC